AGAGAGUUUUCAUCACAUAGCACUUUAAAAAUGAGAGAAGUCAUUUCUAUUCACGUCGGAUAAGGAGGUAUUUAAGUCGGUAAUGCCUGUUGGGAAUUGUUCUGUCUUGAACACGGAAUCCAGCCAGAUGGUCAAAUGCCAUCAGACAAGACUAUCGGAGGAGGAGAUGAUGCCUUCAACACCUUUUUCUCAGAAACUGGUGCAGGAAAGCACGUCCCAAGAGCCGUCUUCUUGGAUUUGGAACCAACAGUUAUUGAUGAAGUCAGAACAGGAACAUACAGAUAAUUAUUCCACCCAGAAUAAUUGAUUUCAGGAAAGGAAGAUGCUGCCAACAACUUCGCCAGAGGUCACUAUACCAUCGGAAAGGAAAUCGUCGAUUUGUGCUUAGACAGAAUCAGAAAGUUAGCUGAUAACUGCACAGGUCUCUAAGGUUUCUUGGUCUUCCACUCAGUCGGAGGAGGUACCGGAUCAGGAUUGGGAUCACUCUUAUUGGAAAGAUUUUGGGUUUCACCAUCUAUCCAUCACCAUAAGUUUCAACUGCAGUCGUUGAACACAUACAACUCCAUCUUGUCAACCCACUCUAUUGUUGGAACACACUGA